AACUUUAAUACUGCACUACAUAUAUUUCAUUAAAUAUGAGUCAAAGGCCAUCUUCAAAAAAUUCAUGCACGCGAAAACAACCAAUGACUAGAAGAAAAAGUUCGGAAUCUAAUAGAUGUGAACGCCCACAAACAACCAGUUGUAGAAUUAUUGAACCUAUACAAGAAGAAUGUGCUGAUAAUAUUGAGUCACAAACAAACGAAGAUGAAAAUUGCCCAUAUACGGAUCAAGAACCAAGAUAUGAUCCCAAAGAGCUUCGUGAUGCUGUACGAAUACUUAAUCCAUUUGUUAGACUAAUUAAAGACACUAAUAAUCCAUAUGCUAGAAUAGUAGCUCGAGAAGUAUGUAAAACUUUUUAUCAUUUGUUUCAUCCAAAUAAACAUCCUGUAGACGUUAUGAAAACAAUUAAUUGGAGAGCUAAGACUGUGAAAACCCAACAGUUGUGGAAUGAAUUUUGGCUUUACGUCCCCGGGUCGAAAAUUGAAGAAUGGGUAUCGUUACGUGAAUGUGUUAAAAAUAAUAAUCUCAUAGAUUUUAGUAGUUAUUGUAGUCCAUGUCAAACACAAACUGAAAAUUGCAACUCACAAGUUAAUGAACUACAAUGUCCUGUAAAUCAAUUAUCCAAUAAUAAAAACUGUGUUGAACAGAGCUCAAAACCUCGCAGACAAAAUCAAAGCACGCAGAGAACUCAGAUAAAUCCGAGAGAACAUGUAAAUUUUGGAGACAUCUGUGGUUCUGAUACAUACCAGAGUUUAUACGAUAUUAGUCCUCCAGAUAUGGAUUUCGAACACCAAUGCGCUGGUUCUGAUUGGCCAUAUACACAUAAUUUUAAACCAAAAGCUUCAAAAAAAAUGUUUUCAAGUACUGUAGACCAAAAUAAAUAUACAUUUAAAUUAAAUUCAAAACAACGCUAUGGGAAAAUAUCUGGGACUCAAUGUCAGUUGAAACAACUUGAUGAGCCCACAAGUAAAAAUUGUGGUAUUGGUUUUGAAGAUACUAUGAAAAAAAUAAAAAAUUGUACUUUGGAAUGCAAACGUCAACCUGCCGGAAAUGACUUUUAUUUCCCGCAUUCUGAACCUGGCUGCAGUGCUGGUCCUACAUAUGUGCCUCAUAAUUCUAGAACUGAUAUAACUCAACAUGAAUAUUACAGAAUAACUGCAAACACACCAUCUCCACCACGAAAUAAACUUCAACGUAUGCCAAAAACACCAGUUGAACCAGAACUUAGAACAAAUGCUCUACAAUGUUCUAUAAUAGACAAUGACCAAGAAUGUAGUGAUUCAGAUUCUGUCGAGAGUUUAAAAAAUAUACAGCAGAUAGUAUGUAAAUCAAGUUUAGUAGCCAAUGCAUUUACUAAUUUAUCAUUAGCAAAAAAAGACCUUCAAACAAAAACAGAAGCUUUUAAUAUAUUAACACAACAUUAUUUGAAUUUUGCAUCGAACCCAAUAGAAGUAGAUCCUCCAUGUACAGAUAGUCCAAGUGCUAAGAUGAUCUUGCAAGCUAUCUAUAAAAAUCCACCAAAAAUUAUCAAACCAUUCAAUGAUUGUGAAUGGAAUGAUAAUGCUUUUCAUGACAAGGAUUUCGUUCGUUUACUCCCAUUUUAUGAAAGCGUACAUAAUCAAUUAGAAUAUAUUUCGAAAACACAACGAGAUUAUGGUAUAAAUAUGUUAGAUGAUAUAAUGUCUACUUUUUAUCAUAUACACUACGAAUUGGGUGAUCCAAGACUCAAGAAUGAUAUGCUUAUAGAACACGUCAAACUUAUUACAAGAAAUACUUGGGAAUCAUAUUUUUAUAAAGACAGAAAAAUGCCUGCCAUACCUGAUAAAGAUUCUUAUCGAUCAACUUCACAACAACCUAGUCCAGUGCAACAAUCUUGUACAAGACAACCUAGUUCAGUACAACAAUUGUGUCCAAGACAAGUUUGUCCAAAGCCACCAAACCAAAGGCCACCUAAUGUUAGACAACCACAAGCACCAAAACUUAAUGUUAGCAGAAGACCACCUACGACAAGUAACCAAAAAAUGGAUGAUUGUCCUCAACAAGCUUGUAAUCCUUCUGCAGAAAAUAAAAGAAAUUUUCUACGCAGAAGUCGGCCGAGUGGUGCACCAAAGGGAUGGGCUCCAAAAUUAAAACAAGCAGAUCGCCCGGAUACCUUGCCAGUUUUCAAAGCAAAACCGUUACCAAAAUUUGUUCGCGAUAGAUUAAAUAAUCAAGAUGCAGCAUGUUAA